UCUUAUCGAUGGCACUUCUUUCGAAACUGAUAUAGUCAUAAGCCAACAAAGCCCCUAGCCUGAUGACAACACUUUGAAAUGAAAAGUCUUCGGCUUCUCUUUGAACGAAACUCUUCUCCCGCCAAAACCAACUCUUCCUCCUCCUCAUUCAAGAAGCCAAAGCCUCCCAUCUCUCAUGGCUCAUCAUCAUCAUCAUCAUCAUCUCAAGAUCCCCUCAAAACCCAUUUCGCCUCUCUCAUCCAAUCCUCCGAAACCACCCUCCAACUCCGCCAAAUCCACGCCCAAAUCUUCCGCCGCAACCUCUCUUCCAGCUCCAACCUUACUACCCUCCUAAUAUCCGCCUCUUCUUCCCUCAAAUCCAUCCCUUAUGCCAUCUCCCUUUUCAACCAUUUCCACCACAAAAGCAUAUUCCUUUUCAACGCCUUGAUCCGUGGCUUAACGGACAAUUCCCUUCUCGAAUCCUCAAUUUCCCAUUUUCUUCUCAUGUUGAGCCUUAGAGUUCGCCCUGAUAAACUUACAUACCCUUUCGUGCUCAAAUCCAUCGCGGGUCUGGGUCUUCGCUGUCUUGGUUUGAUCCUUCAUGGAAGAAUAAUAAAAUCUGGGGUUGAGUUUGAUUCAUUCGUUCGCGUUGCACUAGUUGAAAUGUAUGUGAAACUCAAGGAAUUGGGUUUCGCGUUGCAGGUGUUUGAUGAAAGUCCUGAGAGAAACAAGAGUGGGAGUAUAUUGUUGUGGAAUGUGUUGAUUAAUGGUUACUGUAAAGACGGGAAUUUGGGGAAAGCGAUGGAGCUUUUUGAGGCUACGCCUGAAAGGAAUAUUGGGUCUUGGAAUAGUUUGAUAAAUGGGUUUAUGAGAAAUGGGGAUUUGGAUAAAGCAGUGGAACUUUUUGAUGAAAUGAAGGAGAAGGAUGUGGUUUCUUGGACUACAAUGGUUAAUGGGUUUUCACAGAAUGGAGAUCAUGAGAAGGCUUUAUCCAUGUUUUUUAAGAUGUUGGAGGCCGCCUUGAGGCCAAAUGAUCUUACUCUUGUUCCUGCUCUUUCUGCUUGUGCUAAAAUUGGUGCACUUGAAGCUGGAGCGCGUAUCCAUGAUUAUGUUUUGGAAAAUGGUUUUCGGUUGAAUAAAGCAAUUGGUGCUGCUUUGGUUGAUAUGUAUGCAAAGUGUGGGGACAUCCAGUCCGCAAGUAAGGUUUUUGAUGAGACAAAAGAGAGGGACAUUCUUACCUGGAGUGUCAUGAUAUGGGGUUGGGCAAUCCAUGGAUAUUAUGAGCAAGCUAUCCAAUGCUUCAAAAAGAUGAUGUUUUCAGGAAUAAAACCUGAUGGUGUGGUCUUUCUUGCCCUCCUGACUGCAUGCUCACAUUCUGGGCAAGUAAAUCUCGGGCUUAACUUCUUUGACAGUAUGAGGCUUGACUAUUCCAUUGAGCCAACCAUGAAACAUUAUACACUGGUUGUUGACUUGUUAGGCAGGGCAGGCCAGCUGGAUGAAUCGCUAAAGUUCAUCCAAAGGAUGCCAAUGAGUCCUGAUUUUGUGACAUGGGGAGCACUUUUUUGUGCUUGUAGGGCUCACAAAAAUAUUAAAAUGGCAGAACUAGUUUCUCAGAAUCUCCUUCAGCUUGAACCUAAACAUCCUGGGAGCUAUGUUUUCUUGUCAAAUGUUUAUGCUGCAGUUGGGAGAUGGGAAGAUGUGGAGAGAGUAAGAAUGUUAAUGCAGAACCGAGCUGUCGAUAAAGAUCCAGGGUGGAGUUAUAUUGAAGUUGGUGGAGAAAUGCAUAGUUUUGUAGCUGGUGAUCAUGCUCAUAAGCAUGCAAGAGAGAUAUACCUGAAAUUAGAGGAAAUAGUGGCUGGUACAAGACAACAUGGAUACAUGCCUGAAACUGGGUGGGUACUUCAUAACAUUGAGGAAGAAGAGAAGGAAGAUGCAUUGGGAAGUCACAGUGAGAAACUGGCGCUUGCUUUUGCUUUAAUCCGCACUUCUCCGGGAACAACCAUCAGGAUAGUAAAGAACUUAAGAGUAUGUGGGGAUUGCCAUUCUCUGAUGAAAUAUGCUAGUAAGAUGAGCCAAAGAGAAAUAGUAUUGAGAGAUAUAAAGCGAUUCCAUCAUUUCAAGGAUGGGGCCUGCUCAUGUGGAGAUUAUUGGUGAAAUGGUACUUCAGGAUGACUCAAAUUGUAUGUGAGCAAGAUUCAAGAACUAAGGCUUGAAUUCAGAAGGACAGGUUCUCUCAUGUUAUAAAAGUUCCUCCAAAAGGUUAAACAUUGACAAGGUUCAACCAUGAGUGGCCCACCAAAACAUGCUUGGCCAAACACACACCAAUUACAUGUCUGAUUCCACAACUGUGAAUGUAAACUGGGGUAAAUCGUAAAUCUAACUCUACUUAGAUAAAAAAAUUAUCUAUCUAGAUUGGUCCCUAAUCUUUUAAGUGAAGGAUAGGGGGAGAUUUUGGGUUAAAUGCUCUUCUUAAUCUGUUCUUGAGGAUAGAUGACACCAAUUCUGAAGAUAACACAGUCCUUCUAAGAGGUGACCCCAUCCUCUAAUAUGCCUUGUGGAAGGAAGUAUUGUUGCAACUUAACCAUCAGUAACUUCCCCUUCCAAUGAGCCUCAGAUCAUGUCACAUCUUUGCUAUGGCGAAAUUCAGGCAAACCUGUUUAGUGGGUUAAGUAAGACAAUCCUCUCAAGUUUACAAGGGGUUAAAGCACAAAGAAAUCGGAAACAACAUUUUAAGGAUUAGAAAUGAAACAAGGAAGCUUGUGAAAGACUGCUUACCCAAAGUGAAACAACGGUAUAAUUUGUGAGCUGAUUUUAUUGUUCUUUUAUUCUAAAUUCAUUUAUUGGGCUAUUUGCAUGCAUCAAGUGCCAGUUUCUAGAAAUUUACAAAAAUUGGUUCAGUGGAAUUCCCAAUACAUCAAUUUUAGUUCUGUGCUUUUGUUGCUAAA